AUGUCGGCGGCGGCGGUGCCGGAGCUCAAGCGGAUCAGUCGGGUAGAGGCGAUGCGCCUGGGCCCCGGCUGGAGCCACUCGUGCCACGCCAUGCUGUACGCCGCGAACCCGGGCCAGCUCUUCGGCCGCAUCCCCAUGCGCUUCUCGGUGCUGAUGCAGAUGCGCUUCGACGGGCUGCUGGGCUUCCCCGGUGGCUUCGUGGACCGGCGCUUCUGGUCGCUGGAGGACGGACUGAACCGGGUGCUGGGCCUGGGCCUGGGCUGCCUGCGCCUCACGGAGGCAGACUACUUGAGCUCGCACCUGACCGAGGGCCCCCACCGCGUCGUGGCGCACCUGUACGCGCGGCAGCUGACGCUGGAGCAGUUGCACGCCGUGGAGAUCAGCGCGGUGCACUCGCGGGACCACGGCCUGGAGGUACUGGGACUUGUCCGUGUCCCUCUAUAUACCCAGAAAGACCGAGUUGGGGGCUUUCCCAACUUCCUGAGCAAUGCCUUUAUCAGCACAGCCAAGUACCAGCUCCUGUUCGCCCUCAAGGUGCUCAACAUGAUGCCAGAGGAGAAGCUGGCUGAGGCCUUGGCUGCUGCCACAGAGAAGCAGAAGAAGGCCCUGGAGAAGCUGCUCCCGUCUUCCUCCUGA